AUGGCUCCUCAACAAAACACCACUAAGAUGGAGCACGCAGACUUUUUGUUCUGUGAACAUGUUCUUGAAGAGUUCAAGCGUUUCAAGCAUCGCAAGUAUGUCGCUACCUUCAAGGAGCCUGUUGACAUCGUCGCGGUUCCUACCUAUUUGAAUGUUAUCAGACAGCCAAUGGAUCUGUCGACUAUUGCUUUCAAGUUUGGAAAGAACGUCUAUGACUCUGCAACUUCCUUCAAAGCCGACUUUGAGCUCAUGUUUGACAACUGCGAUCGCUUCAACGCAGGUCAUCCUCCAAGCGCCGUCUUCGAACACGGUCGUCAGUUUCGCGAAGAGUUCAAUCAGGUCUGGUUGGAUCAGCACAACUGGUUGAAGAGAGUCCACCCCGAAGUCUUCAAAGCUCAAUCCGAAGAACAAGACGAGAACAUGAAUGAGCCUCCUGCUAAGAAGCGUCGCCAGAGCUCGCGCCUGGUUACUUCCGACGAGUCAUCUCCCACUUUGCAGUCACCAUACACGGCAGCUAGUGUAGUCAAACCCGCUUCUUCUGCGCCCAGCACUCCUGUAUCGGGUCGUCCAAAGAGGGCAGCUUCCAAAGCUAGCACUACAAACGCUUCAACCUCACGCGCUGAUUCUGUUUCGUCGUCUGUCAAGCAGACUAUCACCACCAAGGUCGCUGUAUCACAACCUGCCGAAUCCCCGCUCACUGAGCCCACCGAGGCCGAAACCACCGCUCUCCAGACUACUGGACACAACAAAGCUCCAGCUCAAGACGCCUCGCCUGCUGUCCCAGAUGCCUCUCACUCUUCCCCGAAGUCUCCCAAAUCGCACUGGGAAGAGUUUCAAGAGCGCCUCAGAAACAUGGUCACCAAAGAAGCAACCAGACUCCUCAACAACCCCAACAUCAAGCACCAAGGUCCCGGUGAAGAUCCCAACAAGCUCGCCAACACAAUGUGGGAAGCUCUAGCUAUUGACAACGAUCACGGGCCCAAAGGAGUGGGAGGCAAAGCCAGUUUCAGUGCCUGGGUCGGGAUCGCCGUUGAAGAACUCUCAAAAGUAGCCAUCAGAGAUGUUGGUAAUCGGGUCAAGAGCGAGACCAAGAAGGCUCUUGUUGUUGUGAUGGACGGUCACUACCAGUUUCUCAGAAACAAACUUGAUGGUUUUCACGGGGAGUUGAGAGCUAGAUUUGAGGAUUGA